AUGGGCUUGGGCUUGCCCAAAACGGAGCUUUCCCUGGUAUUUGACACUGCUAGUCAAUUAACUUGGACUCAGUGCGAGCCAUGCGCUGGAUAUUGCUAUGACCAAAAGGAACCAAUAUUCGAUCCAUCAGAGUCAUCAUCCUAUACUAACAUUCAGUGCUCCUCGGCCACGUGCAAACAAAUUUCUUCCGAAGGUAUGCGAAGAGGUUGCUCUUCCUCGUCAACAUGUGUGUAUGGCGUCACAUACAGUAAUACCACAUUUUCCGUUGGCUUUAUGGCUAAAGAAACCUUAACCAUAACACGUUCUGAUGUGUUUCAAUUGUUUAUAUUUGGCUGUGGGCAAAGAAACAAUUUCCCAAACGGUGGAAGUGCAGCUGGGGUAUUAGGACUUGGCCGUGGAUGGUUUUCCCUAGUGUCCCAAACUGCUAACAAGUAUCAUAAAGUUUUCUCCUAUUGUUUGCCACCAAGUGAUAGAUCUACCGGAUACCUAAGAUUUGGUGACAAGAACCUCCCAAGUUCCGUUCAAUUCACACCCAUGUCAAAUUCCUUCCAAGGAACACACUAUUACGGCCUUGAUAUUGUCGAUAUAGGUGUAGGAGGCGAGAGACUAUCCAUUGACAGGUCGGUUUUUACGACUUCAGGCACUGUCAUUGACUCAGCAUCUUUGAUCACACGCCUCCCUCCGGCAGCCUAUUCAAGAGUCCGGAGAGCUUUCGAAGUAAGGAUGACCAAGUAUCCAAGGGCACCGGCAUUCGAAUCUCUAGGGACAUGCUUUGACUUUAGUGGUAACACUAGUGUUGUAAUGCCAACGAUCAGCUUAUACUUUGAAGGGGGCCUUGAGAUGCCUAUUGAUGCUAGAGGGAUUUUGUAUGUUAACAAGAUAUCUCAAGCCUGCCUGGCUUUUGCAAAAAAUAGUGAUGAUAGUGAUGUAAUGAUCCUAGGAAAUUUUCAACAGAAGGGGUACGAGGUUGUGUAUGAUGAUGCCAAUGGAAGGGUUGGAUUUGCACCUGGUCGUUGCAGCUAA